AUGGAAGAUGUGCAUCUCCUAACGAAUGAAAGAGUUACGAGAGACACAGAUUGAGUUGUGAAGUUUGUGGAGUUUAAUUGGAAAACAAAAAGCUCAAAAAGCUGAUUUAUUGCAAGAGUCACCAUCUCUUUAUCUGUAAUUGCUAUAAUAAUUGCUAAUGCGUUCACAGGUAUGCUUUUACGGACAUGGCAUGUCGGGUGCAUGUGGGAUGCUUUAUUUGAGAUUACUACAUCGCCAAAUGAAUAUUUUAAGGAAAAUGAAACAUCUCACAAUAUUAUAACAAUUAUUUCGUCUUUACUUAUUGAUUUCCUGCUUUCAUCCUUUACCUUGCAUUUUAUCUUAUGGGGAAAUUCUUGGAGACCGAUAAUAUGCUUGCUAUCAUUUUAUAUUUUCAGAGGAGCGAUCCAAGCAUCUUUCGUAAUGGAGUGUCCUAAAGACUGGGCAUGAUACUACCCUGGGUUUCCAUCACUUGCAGUAGGAUACCAAAAAACUUCAGAUUUCUUCUACUCUGGGCAUGUUGGGGUCGUGACAAUCCUGACAUUCUUCAACAGGCACACAAAACGGUAUAUUUUGAUGUGAAUUUCAAUAUCCAGCAUUGCAAUAGAGUUUUGGGUAAUGAUUUUCUUAAGAGGUCACUACACUAUUGACGUGAUAACUGGACCCCUAGUAGCACAUUAUUUCUGGAUUGUAAGCGGAAGGGUUUCUCCUUAUCUAGAUAGGGUUUCAGGUUACAAAGAGCAAUAA